CAUACAGCCUCGUUAUCGGUCUUUUUCACACGAGGUCUCAACCAUGCCACAGAACGUCAAGAGAGCUGGCAAACCCAAGCCUGCUGGAAAAGGCAAGAAGAAGAAGACAAGUCUUCGUUAUACAAUAGACUGCACUCAUCCAGUGGAAGAUGGAAUCAUGGAUGUUGCAAGCUUUGAAAAGUUCCUCCAGGAAAAGAUUAAGGUGAAUGGAAAGACUGGAAACUUUGGAAACAAUGUAGCUCUGGAGAGGAAUAAGAACAAGAUAAACCUGACAUCUGAUGUCGCAUUCUCCAAGAGGUAUCUCAAGUACAUGACCAAAAAGUACCUGAAGAAGAACAACCUGAGAGACUGGUUGCGUGUGGUGGCCAACAACAAAGAGUCGUACGAGCUGAGGUACUUCCAGAUCAACAAUGAAGACGAAGAGGAGGAGGAGGAUGAAUAGACUUUUAUUUAUUAUGUACAUUAUCUGUACAAUAAACUCUGUCAGCUCA